UCGUGUAGAGUAUAGUCGAUAACCUAUUGCCAAUUUUUGGCUCUUUUUGGCCCUGACCCCAAAAAAUCAAAAAGUUAUAGGGAGCGGUUACUUUUGGAGCGGUGAGUCUCCCCAUGCUCCUCACGAUGUUAUAAUUUUUAUUCAAUGAUUUUUACUGACAGUUCGAUAGUGUUCCAGUGAGGUUGAAGUUGGAUUUUUUUGGGUAUUUUAGAAGGUCCCAAUUCUUCUUCCAAACAUUUUCUUUUUUCCACAGUUAAUUUUCUGGUUCUAGGGACUAGUCUUCUAGCCUCUUUUAUUAGGAGCAAUCAUUUGCUAUUUCAUUUACUUUAAAAAAAAAUUUUUUUGCUUUGCAGAAUGAAAUGGAAUGUGACCAAACUGAAUACAUCGGCCUCUGUUUAAUUAGAAUUUUUGACACUUAUUUGGAACAAACACAAAGCUAUUUGACUUGUCAGGAACCUUCUGAAGAUGAAAUUUCUGAAAUAAUGGAACAACCACUUUAUCGUUUCUUCAAAACUUUGUGUCGUUCUGGUGAAGAAACAGAUACAAGACAAUUUCUUUUAUCAAUAUUGAAAAAAAUGAUGGAAGAAUGUAAUCGAAUUGGUUAUUUAUUUCUUUUCUUUCUUUCAAGUAUUGAAAGAGAAAAUAAUGGAGGAGGAGGUGGUGUUAGUGGACGCUCAAGCAGAUUAGGAAAUAAUGGAAGUAGUUGGCCGUCUGUUGACCAAGCUGUUGAAACUUACAAAACUGUGUGUCAAUUAAUGGAUACUGAAUGGGAAAAACAAUUGGCUAAAGACCUUGAGCAAUGUUCAUUUGACGAUUACCAAUUAUUUUCCCAUUUACUCGUUAAUGUAUUGUCUCGUUUAACACCUUAUGGCCCACCAACAAAAGUUAUGCGUUUAAUUUGUGGUUCAAUGAAUACUCGCCUUUUGUCUCGUUUAAUGAGUGAAAUUGUUCGUGAAAAUGUUGUUUUAUUUGGUGAGGGAGAUGUGCUUUCAAUGUUAGUGGAUUCGCUUAAAUGGGACUCUUUAGAACAAAUGAUGCUUUGGCAAAUGUUGCAAACGGAAGCUGUGGAGUUUGACAAAUUUAUUGAUUUAUUGCAAAGACUAAAUUACAAUCAACAUCCAGAAGCUACAGCAGCCGUUAUUGUUAUUAUGAGAAAUAUGGAACCAGAUCCAGAUGUUGCUAUAAUGAAAAGUUUACUUCGAAAUUUACUUUUGAGACCGCCAAAUAAAGAUUUGUUUACUGUGGAUGCUAUAAAGUUACUUAUUGACUAUGAUGAUAAUAUUCCACCAGUAGCAAAUUGUAUUAGUAAAUUUGUGAAGAAAGCUGUAGCAGAUGGUGAUAUUAAAGGUCCAAUUUGUAGUCCAAAACAUUCUUCUAUUAAAAUGGGGAAAAAUCGUAUAUUGACUGCUGAAUAUAUUUUUGGACAUUUGGAUCGUUUGCGUAAAUAUUGUAUGGAAAAAGAAUCACAACGUGCCGAAAAUUUGUUAAAAAAUCAAUUAUUGUUGGAUAUGGCUUUAUUAGUUAAAAGAAAUGUCAAAACAAUUGAAUUGAGAAAUAAAUUUGAUGAAUUAUUUGCUUUAUUUGACAUUUUAUUGGAAGAUGAACAAGCUACAAAUGGAGGAAAACAACAACGACGAAAAGCUAAUAAUAAGGUUAUAAAAAAUAAAAAAAUUAAUAUGAAUGUUAGGUCGUUUGUUAAUUGGUGA